AUGAGCCACCCAGCCGCCCUCCUGGCCGUGGCCCUGGCCGCCCUCCUCGCUCUGGGGGCCGGGGUGCCCGUGGGCCGGCAGGGCUCCCGGCACAAGCUGCUCUUGGUGUCCUUCGAUGGCUUCCGCUGGGACUAUGACCAGGACGUGGACACCCCCAACCUGGACGCCAUGGCGCGGGACGGCGUGAAGGCGCGCUACAUGACCCCCCCCUUCGUCACCAUGACCAGUCCCUGCCACUUCACCCUGGUCACCGGCAGGUACAUCGAGAACCACGGGGUGGUGCACAACAUGUUCUACAACACCAGCAGCAAGCUCAAGCUGCCCUACCACGCCACGCUGGGCGUCCAGCGCUGGUGGGACAACGGCAGCGUGCCCAUCUGGAUCACCGCCCAGAGGCAGGGCCUGAAGGCCGGCUCCUUCUUCUUCCCCGGCGGCAACGUCACCUACCAAGGCACGGCCGUGACGCUGAGCCGCAAGGAGGGCAUCCUGCACAACUACAAGGACGAGGCGGAGUGGAGGGCCAACGUGGACACGGUGAUGCGCUGGUUCACGCAGGACGGCCUGGACCUGGUCACGCUCUACUUCGGGGAGCCCGACUCCACGGGCCACAAGUUCGGGCCCGAGUCCCCGCAGAGGAAGGCCAUGGUGCAGCAGGUGGACCGGACGGUGGGCUACCUGCGAGACAGCAUCCGGCGCAGCGGCCUGGAGCACAGCCUCAACCUCAUCGUCACGUCCGACCACGGCAUGACCACCGUGCACAAGAAGGCCGGCGACCUGGUGGAGUUCCACAAGUUCCCCAACUUCACCUUCCGGGACAUCGAGUUCGAGCUCCUGGACUACGGGCCCAACGGGAUGCUGCUCCCCAAGGAGGGGCGGCUGGAGAAGGUGUACGAGGCGAUCAAGGACGCGCACCCCAAACUCCACGUCUACAAGAAGGAGGACUUCCCCAAGUCCUUCCACUACGCCAACCACCCCCGGAUCACGCCCCUGCUCAUGUACAGUGACCCUGGCUACGUCAUCCACGGGGUGAGCUGCGCACGCGUGCACGGCGGGGCGGGGGGCUUCGACAAUGGGGUCCUGGACAUGAAGAUCUUCCGGGCGGUGGGCCCCAGCUUCCGGCGGGGCCUGGAAGUGGAGCCCUUCGAGAGCGUCCACGUGUACGAGCUGCUGUGCAAGCUGCUGCGCAUCGUGCCCGAGGCCAAUGACGGGGACCCCCGCGCCCUGCUGCCCAUGCUCAUGCCCGAGGGUGAAGGGGGCCCCAGCACCCCGUCCACCACAACCCACUCAGGGUCUGUCCCCCUGGCUGGCGGCUGCCCCGUCCUGAUGACAGGCCUGCUGGUGGCUGCAGUUCUCCUGGCCAAGGUCGCAUAA